AUGUGUGUGGCAACUGUGCUGUUACUAAACUCAGAGUACGUUCGACUAAAGAAAUCUGUUGGAACCAUUAUUAUUGACCUCCCUUCUCUGAAACCAUGCUGGGACAGGUGUAGUAUUUUAAAUUUAGUUAUAAAACUUGCAGUUCUACUUUUUGCCAUCAUUCACAUACUUUUACAAAAGCAGAUCAAUAACACUGCCUUGCAGUUUCCCAAUUUACUUCUAACUGGGUUGGAUGCAGUAGCUGCUGGCCAAAAACCAAAUAUCAAUAUUCUGCUCAGUUCACACAAUUAUAUUAUCACAACCGAUUCUGUUUCUGUCAAAAUAGCUCUUAACAACAAACCCCUUUAUGCAAAAUAUAUCUUGCUACACCCACCACUAGAAUCUCAGAACAUCAUGGUUAAAAUGCAAGUUAUUGAACUUCUCUGUGCUGUGUGCGCAUAUUCUUCAAAAGGACAUCAAAUGGCUCUUCAUGCUCUACAGCACUUCAAGGUUACUUGUGAUCAGAAGCAUGGGUUUGACAUAAUAGUGAGUGAACUUCGUAACACAAAAAAUGUUGAAUAUCAGACAAGGCUGCUUUCUUUCAUCAACUGCCUAACACUGGGCUGCCACAAUGUCCACAAGCGUGUGCAGAUCAGGAAUGAAUUGCUUGGUCGUGGGCUUGGACCAAUCCUGAGUUCACUAAGUGCAACUGAUGAUAAGGAGCUACAGAUGCAAGUUUCAGCAUUCAGUGAUUACCAACACAGAGAUGAGAUGGAAUUAGAAUCAACGAAACAUCUAACUCAUCAUCAGUUGUUUGAAACAAUAUUCGAAAAGAUAGCAGAUACACCACAUGCUAUCAGGUUCCACUCCAUGCUACAAAAGCUUGCACAGCUAGAUCCAACAAAUCCAAAUGUGGACAGUGUGUGGGAAGCACUUGACUCUCUUUCAUUUGAAGCUAUAAAACCUGGGUUUUCUAUCCACAAAAAGCCAGCACGCACUCAAAAAUAUCAUGAAAGAAGAGCUGACAGUAUUAUCAAAACACAUUCUUUUUAUAUCCUUAAUACAAGCACAGUGUCUACGCAGACCGAGGUGGAAUAUACCAGAGAAGUAAAGCAACUUUGUGAUAAUGAGAAACAGCAUCAGUUGUCACCACCAGAAGCAAAACUGUCAUUCCCAGCACCACCUCCUCUUCCUCCUCCUCCACCUUGUCUGCCACUGCCACUUAUUACCGUGGUGUCAUCAGCUAUUCCAUCAGCUUCAGGGGUGCUAUCACCUUCAUCACUUGCAGGUUACAGUUCUCAACAACAAAAUUAUGUACCUCCACCUCCUCCAAUUCCCAAUAGUGACAGCUUUGAAACACUGAUGUUACAUAGGAGACAUUCACUUCCAGCACAUUUACCAGAUUCUGCAAGUUUGUGGACACCAGUAAAGGACAAGUCUAACACACUACCACUGCCCAAGCGGAAGAUGAAAACCCUAAGCUGGACAAAGAUUCCAGUCUCUAUGAUAGGUGAAUCAGUAUGGACUGAAAUGCAGAGCGAAGCAAAGAGUCUUAGAGUUGAUUUCAAGCAAAUGGAAGAACUGUUCUGUCAGAAAACUGCUACUGUGCAACAUCGAAAGUCUUCUCCAGUAACACUUCCAGCACCAAUAACUCCCAAGAUCACUUUACUGGAAACCAAGAGAGAUCUGGCAGUAAACAUUUAUCUAAAACAGUUCAAAUUGGGAGGGAAAGCAGUCAUAGAAGUUAUAAAGAACCUUAAAGGAGGUGAUAUAGGUCCUGAGAAACUGAAAGCUCUCUUGCCACUACUUCCCACAGAAAAAGAGCUGACUUCAGUCAGAUGCUAUUCUGGAGAUCUGGAUCGUUUAGGAGAGGCAGAGAAAUUUUAUCUUCAGCUAUCAGAAGUACCUUCCUUUGUCCUCAGGAUUAGGGCAAUGUUGCUUAAAGAAGAGUUUCCUUUAAGAACAUAUGAACUGAGAGAACAACUAAAUGCCGUUGCAGAUGCAUGCAAUAAGCUGAAGGCUAAUAAACGUUUGAAAGAAUUUCUAGCACUAGUACUUCAACUUGGAAACUUCAUAAAUGCUGGAAGCUAUGCGGGCAAUGCAGCAGGCUUUACACUCAGCACACUACCAAAGCUCCUAGAAAUAAAAGCAAACAAACCAAGGCUGACAUUCUUGCACUAUGUGGUAGAAGUUGCAGAAGCUAACAAUAAGGAAAUAUUACAAUUCACAGAAGAUAUGAGUAACAUGAAAGAAAUGGCAAGUACAAAUAAGAGCAUAAGUUAUUUAAGUGUGCUUAUGCCUUAA